AGUUUGGAGCAUCCUGCUGCGAGCUACAAGAAGAUCUUUGAGUCGGUGGAGGAGCUGAACGAACCUUUACCUGCUCAGGUCACAGGUGUUGUACCCUCAUGGCUGGGUGGUAGUCUCCUCCGGAUGGGUCCGGGUCUGUUCGAGGUGGGAGACGAACCUUUCCGCCACAUGUUUGACGGACAGGCUCUCGUGCACAAGUUUGACCUGAAGGACGGUCAGGUGACCUACCACAGAAAGUUCAUCAGGACGGAUGCGUAUGUUCGUGCCAUGACUGAGAACAGAAUCGUCAUCACUGAGUUUGGAACAGCAGCCUACCCAGAUCCCUGCAAAAACAUCUUCUCCAGAUUCUUCACUUACUUCAGAGGCAUCGAGGUGACUGAUAACUGCCUGGUGAACAUCUAUCCGGUCGGUGAAGACUUCUACGCCGUCACAGAGACCAAUUUCAUCACAAAAGUGGAUCCUGAUUCGCUGCAGACUUUAAAGAAGGUGGACCUGUGCAAGUACCUUUCAGUGAACGGGUUGACUGCCCACCCCCACACUGACGCAGAUGGUACGGUCUAUAACAUCGGAAACUGCUUUGGCAAGAACAUGAGUCUGGCUUAUAACAUCGUCAAGAUCCCACCGGCUCAGAAAGACGACUCAGAUCCUCUGGAGAAGUCCCAGGUUGUUGUUCAGCUACCCAGCAGUGAGAGGUUAAAACCCUCCUACGUACACAGUUUCGGUAUGACAGACAACUAUUUUGUGUUUGUGGAGCAGCCGGUGAAGAUCAACCUGCUCAAGUUCAUGGCAGCGUGGAGCUUCAGAGGAGCCACGUACAUGGACGCGUUUGAAUCCAACGAGAGCAUGGGGACGUGGUUCCACCUGGCCACGAAGGACUCAGGAGAUUAUCUGAGCAGCCACAAGUUCAGAACGUCAGCGUUCAACCUGUUUCACCACAUCAACGCGUACGAGGAGCAGGGCUUCAUCGUGGUCGACCUGUGCACGUGGAAGGGUCAUGACUUUGUGUUUAACUACCUGUACAUGGCCAACAUAAAGCAGGAGUGGGACGAAGUGAAGAGAGCGGCGAUGAGAGCUCCUCAGCCCGAGGUCAGACGGUACGUGCUGCCGCUGGAUAUACACGGGGAGGAGCAGGGAAAAAAUCUGGUGUCUCUGCCCUACACGACAGCAUCAGCUGUUCUUCACAGUGACGGCACCAUCUGGCUCGAACCUGAAGUCCUCUUUUCUGGACCCAGACAGGCCUUCGAGUUUCCACAGAUUAACUACUCUCGAUGUCGUGGGAAGAAGUACUCCUUUGCCUACGGACUGGGACUCAACCACUUUAUCCCUGACAGGAUAGUGAAGCUGGACGUGCAGACCAAAGAGACGUGGGUGUGGCAGGAGGAGGAGUCUUACCCUUCAGAGCCGCUGUUUGUCCCGACACCUGGAGCCACUGAGGAGGACGAUGGCGUGCUGCUGAGCAUCGUGGUGAAGCCGGCUGCAGAGAGACCUCACGGCUUCCUGCUGGUGCUGGACGCCGUGAAGCUGACGGAGCUGGCCAGGGCCGAGGUGGACACCAUGAUCCCUCUGACCCUCCACGGCACGUACAAACCAUGACCCUGAAACUCAGCGAGACACGUCCUCAAACAUACCAGCUUCACUUUCCUGCCAGCUAACGAUUCUACUUAAAAUGGACUCAGAGUUCUUAAGUUAAAGUCUGAAUUUAAGCACUAUUGUUUUCACCAGACCUUUGGAUCAUAUUAUUAAACACUGUACAUUUAUUUCGCAUUAAAUUGACCACUUGCAGAAUGUAGUGUGACGUCUGUGCACGUCACUUUACUUGUCUAGUAUUCAAUAAUAUUAGCUUAGCCUACAGUGAUCACAUGACAGCAUUUUAUAUUUUAUUGUUACUAAUAAAGGUGCAUCUCAAUAAAUUAGAAUAUCGUAGAAACGUUUAUUUAUGUCAGCAAUUAAAUAAAUUCAAUUUCUUCUCAUUAUAAUGAUUAUCCCUUACAUUUAAUAAAGACCUAAAAUUCAAUGUCUCCAAUUUUAAAAAGUAUCUUUAAUAUAGAAAUGUUGGCCUCUAAAAAGUGUGUCUGUCUAUAUUACUCAAUACUUGGUUGGGGCUGUUUGACUUGAACUAGUGGAAAUGGACUUCAUAUUCCAAUGCAUUGAGUUGCACCUGUAGUUACUUUACUUUUCACAGAUAACUUUUUCACAUACAGCAUUUACGAUUCGUCCAAUCUGUCUUGAUAAUACUUAGGUUAGCCAGUCAGCUAGCCUAGCACAAAACCACCUUGCUAGUUUCCCAGGAAAAUAAAACAUAAUAAUGCUGUUUUUUCUUGCGGUGGCCUUACUAAAUAAAAAGUUGUGUUGAAAGUGAAUAUUCUGUUACGAUCACGGAGUCGAAACUUACAGCGUUAGCUAGCUAGCAUGCUAGCACAUUAGCCUUACUUAGUUACUUUCUUUACUUUUCACAUUCAACUGUGUACAUAUUGUGCAUAAUAUUUACACUUUGUUUUUAACAGUCUAUUGGAUCAUUUUGAUAAUCUCCUCAUUGUCUUAUUAUAAACCUGACCAUACUUUUCUUUGUUUUAGCAGCCAACUAGGCUAAUUGACAUUUUUGUAAUUUUUCUUUUUUUUUCGUCACUUUUAUGACUUUUUUUUUGGUUGUCAUUUUUGGUCCUUCUUGAAUGGCUUUUUUAGUCAUGUUAUGUCUUUUGUUGCUUUUUAUGACUUUUUUGGGUAAUUUUUUUUAGCAACUUUGUUUCUCUUUUUUUGUGAUUUUGUGUCUUAUUAUUUAUUGUAUGACUCUUUUUUGGUCAUGUUGUGACUUUUUUUGGUCUUUUUUAGUAAGUUUAAAAAAAACCUUUUUGGGUAAUUUUGUGUUUUUUUGUGUGAUUUCUCCAUCUUUCAUGAAAGAAAUUGAAUAGUCAACUCCUUGGUGUGUCUUUUAGUCCAACCGAACGCUGAACAAGACAUUUUUAAAUGUCUGUUUAAAUUUUUAAAUAAACUUCGAUGAAGUGAAAACACACAGUAACAGAGACACUGAGGUGACUAUAAAAAUGAUCAAAAAUGCUAAAAAAAAACCAAAACAAAACCAAAAACAUUAUAUUAAACAGCCGGUAAAUGCUUUAUGCUAUGUAUAACUAACUUAAGGAUAAAAAGGUGUAAUGUGAUCAUUGCAGGCUAAGCUAACGCUACUGUAUUCUGGACAGGAAGUAAAGUGAUGUCAGUGAUGUGUCAUAAAACAGAUAUUCAUCUUACUACAUUGUGCUUAUGGGCCACAUUAUUUCUACUUCUCCUUGGUUAAGCUCACUGCAGUCUGUUGAUUGUCUUGAAAAACAGUGCAUGUGUACAGAUAUAUUACCUGUAGCAAGGGUUGACUUAUAAUGCA